AUGUCACAUCUAAUCGGUGAAUGGCGAUGCGUUGAGUGUAAAAAUAUCGAAUCCGUGAUGAUUGAAGUUGUGCUGGAACAAUUUGAUCAUCCGAACCGCAUACUCACAAUCGAUAUCGAGGGUAACGAGGUCUACAUGCGUGAUGAGUUCGGUAGUCGUCGACUGGGAACCACAUUUGUGUUGGGGAAGGAAAUUCAAGAGCUAACUCCCGAUGGUCGCAUUGUUCAGUCCGUUGUCGAGUUGGACUCGGACAAACAGCUAACUCAAAUCCAAAAACACGGAUUCAAUCAAACUCGUAUCACACGGGAAGUGUUCGGCGAUACAUUGAUCAUGCGAAUGAAAGCUGGCGAUUCGGUGGCUGUACUAAAGUUCAUUCGCAUCGGUGAGCCGAAAGAUACAAAACAAUAUUUUACUCCUCCGGAACCGGAAGUCGAACCCGAGGACCUGAUCGAACUGGAGCCAAUCGCGCAAGCUGUUGUCAACUAG